UAUUUAUAAUAACAGAAGAAGCAAAUACGUCAGGAAACGAAAUUGCAAAAAAAUCGUGUGUAGCUACAUUCAUUGAACCUGGACACUCUUACUUUUUUGGCCCUAUAAAAAGCUACCUUAUUCAUUACCACAACUCACACAAUAAACCAUACAUAAUUUUCAGUUUAACAAAAUUCAAGAAGAAGAAGAAGACAACAAUGGCGGUGACCAAGCCAACUGAUAAGUCCUCCUUCGAAGACCAGAUUUCCACUACGCUUAAGAAGAGGAACGAGGAAUUGGAACAAGAGCUGAGACAGAGCCGCGAGAGAGAGGAGGAGAUGAGGAACGAGCUACUCAAAGCUUGGCAGCGACUCCGGAUCGCCGAAGAAGCAGAGGAGAGACUCUGUUCUCAGCUCGGGGAGCUCGAAGCUGAGGCUGUUGAUCAGGCGCGUGCUGACCACGUGAAGAUCGUCUCCCUCCUUAAUCAACUCUCACGCGCUCAACAGCUCCUUCAAGCUGCCUCUAUUUCGAUCUCUCUCUGAUCUUGAAUUGAAACGUGGAAUAAUCUGAGCCGUUCGUUUUCGAAGACCCUCUCUCGUUAUUCGCCUUAGUUUGAUUUUUGAUUAUAAUUUACUUCUUCUUCUGUAAAUUGUAUAUGUAAAAUCUGAAUUUUGUAAAAGAAACGAUUUGACUUUUAAAGGGUAAAUACCAUUUUGGACCCUUGCAAAAGUUACCAAA